UAAAGCGAGCUGGGCCGCGGCCGCUGCGGAGGCUGCAGCGGGCUCACCUGGCACAGGUGCAUCAGGAGCAGAGGCCAGGAUGCUGCGCGAACGGACGGUGCGGCUGCAGCACGGUAGCCGCGUGGAGGCGGUCUACGUGCUCGGCACUCACCUCUGGACCGAUGUCUACAGCGCGGCCCCGGCGGGCGCCCAGACGUUCAGCCUGAAGUACUCGGAGUACGUGCAGGUGGAGGUGGUGUGUGACGGCGAGGCGGAGGAGGUGACCACCAACGGCAAGCAGCGCUGGCCUCUCUCCCCCAGCACCAUACUGCGGCUCACCAUGCGCCAGGCCAGCACCGAGGCCAGCAGUGAUAAGGUGACCGUCAGCUACUACGAGAAAGAGGGCAAUACCCCCAUUGACCGCGCUGGGCUCUUCCUCACAGCCAUUGAGAUCUCCCUGGACGUGGAUGCAGACCGGGACGGCGUGGUGGAAAAGAACAACCCACAGAAGGCCUCCUGGACAUGGGGCCCCAAAGGCCAGGGCGCCAUCCUGCUGGUGAACUGUGACCGGGACACACCUUGGCUACCCAGGGAGGACUGCAGUGACGAGAAGGUCUACAGCAAGGAAGACCUCAAGGACAUGUCCCAGAUGAUCCUCCGGACCAAAGGCCCAGAGCGUCUACCUGCCGGCUAUGAGAUCGUCCUCUACAUUUCCAUGUCAGACUCGGACAAAGUAGGGGUAUUCUACGUGGAAAACCCAUUCUUCGGCCAGCGUUAUAUUCACAUCCUGGGCCGCAAGAAGCUCUACCACGUGGUCAAGUACACAGGCGGCUCCGCGGAGCUGCUGUUCUUCGUGGAGGGCCUGCACUUCCCCGACGAGGGCUUCCCGGGCCUGGUCUCCAUCCACGUCAGCCUGCUGGAGUACACGGCCGAGGAAAUUCCCUUGACACCCAUCUUCACGGACACUGUGACGUUCCGGAUUGCUCCAUGGAUCAUGACCCCCAACAUCCUGCCUCCAGUGUCGGUGUUUGUGUGCUGUGUGAAGGACAAUUACCUGUUCCUGAAAGAGCUCAAGAGCCUCGUGGAGAAAACCAAAUGUGAACUGAAGGUCUGUUUCCAGUAUGUGAACAGAGGCGACCGCUGGAUACAGGAUGAAGUGGAGUUCGGCUACAUCGAGGCACCGCACAAAACCCUCCCUGUGGUGCUGGACUCCCCUCGAGAUGGGAACCUGAAGGACUUCCCGGUGAAGCAGCUCCUGGGCCCAGAUUUUGGCUACGUGACCCGGGAGACAGAUCCUGAGUUAGUCACCAGCCUUGAUUCCUUCGGGAACCUGGAGGUCAGCCCCCCAGUGACCGUGAAUGGCAAGACGUACCCCCUGGGCCGGAUCCUCAUCGGAAGCAGCUUUCCUCUGUCAGGAGGCCGCAGGAUGGUCAAGGUGGUGCGGGACUUCCUGCGGGCCCAGCAGGUCCAGGCGCCGGUGGAGCUCUACUCCGACUGGCUCUCCGUGGGCCAUGUGGACGAGUUCAUGACCUUCGUCCCUAUCCCAGGCACAAAGAAAUUCCGGAUGCUCAUGGCCAGCACCUCAGCCUGCUACAAGCUCUUCCGUGAGAAGCAGAAGGAGGGCCAUGGGGAGGCUGUCAUGUUCAAAGGCUUGGGCGGCAUGAGCAGCAAGCGCAUCACCAUCAACAAGAUUCUGUCCAAUGAGAGUCUCGUGCAGGAAAACUUGUACUUCCAGCGCUGCCUGGACUGGAACCGCGACAUCCUCAAGAAGGAGCUGGGGCUCUCAGAGAAGGACAUCAUCGACCUGCCCGCCCUCUUCAAGAUGGACGAGGGGCGCCAGGCCGUGGCCUACUUCCCCAACAUGGUGAACAUGAUCGUGCUGGACAAGGACCUCGGCAUCCCCAAGCCCUUCGGGCCGCAGGUCGACGAGCAGUGCUGCCUGGAGACACACGUGCGUGGCCUGCUGGAGCCGCUGGGCCUCAGCUGCACCUUCCUGGAUGACAUCUCUGCCUACCACAAGUACCUGGGCGAGGUGCACUGUGGCACCAACGUGCGCCGGAAGCCCUUCUCCUUCAAGUGGUGGCACAUGGAGCCCUGAGCCGCGGCCUCCAGGUUGCCCUCCUGCCCCCGUG